AAAGAAAGAAAGAAAGAAAAGAAGACGACGUCAUAAACCCAUUGAAACCCCAAAAGAGCCAAAGUUCUUGAAUCUGAAACCCAGAAAGAAUUGUUGAUAAAUGAUGAGUUUAUCAUCAUCAUCAGAGAUCGAGAUAAUCGUGUCAAAAGACAACACAGCAGCAGCGGAACAAGUGGUGAUCGCUGACGUAUUUGGGGCUUGUGCUUACGGUGAUCUUCUGAAACUAACAAAAUUCGUCCAAGAAGACGGUGCUUCUCUCUCUCAACCGGAUGGUAAUGGCUAUUACCCCCUUCAGUGGGCAUCUCUUAAUAACUUUGCUGACGUUGCUCACUAUAUUAUUCAGCAUGGUGGGGAUGUGCACGCUGUUGAUAACGUCCGCCAGACAGCAUUGCAUUGGGCCGCUGUUCGGGGUUCGGUUGCAGCUGCAGAUGUUUUGUUGCACAACGGUGCUCGUGUUGAGGCUGCUGAUGUAAAUGGUUACCGGGCAGUUCAUGUCGCAGCUCAGUAUGGUCAAACAUCCUUGUUGAAUUUUAUUGUAGCCAAGUAUCAUGCUGAUUUUGAUGUACCAGAUAAUGACGGAAGGACCCCUCUUCAUUGGGCUGCAUAUAAAGGAUUUGCAGAUACAAUUAGAUUACUUCUUUUUUGGGACGCCUUUCAAGGAAAACAAGAUAAAGAAGGUUGCACUCCUCUGCAUUGGGCGGCAUUGAGAGGAAAUCUGGAGGCUUGCGUUGUACUUAUACAUGCAGGGACAAAACAGGAGUUAUUGGUGAAAGAUAGUGCUGGAUUUACACCUGCACAAAUUGCCGCAGAUAGAGGCCAUCACCAUGUUUCUUUAAUCCUUUCUAAUGCUCUGCGUGGACACAACAGUUGUUGGAAAGACAAAGGUUGGAUGAACAAAGUUGGAGAUAUAGGUUACGGCCCUAUUCUAUUCUGCAUAGUGUUUGUGUGUACGAUAAUCUUCGUCAAUUCUGUUCUUUUUGCUUCUAAUCUUGUAAAGGUGACUGCUGUUGUUGGGCUCUGGGGAUGGACCGCUGUUUCGCUUUCAGCUUCUUCACUAUUGAUGUUUAUCCGCUGCAGCAGUAAAGACCCCGGUUAUGUGAAAACAUCUGGAGGGAUUCGAAAUAAUGCUGAUGCUGAGGGUCCUUUGGUGACAAUUGAUCUGAUCAACUCAGCUAAUUGGACUGGAAAUUGGUCUCAGCUCUGUCCUACUUGCAAGAUAAUAAGACCGGUUCGCUCGAAGCACUGUCCAGCAUGCAAACGUUGUGUGGAACAGUUUGACCAUCAUUGCCCAUGGAUCUCAAAUUGUGUGGGAAAGAAGAACAAAUGGGAUUUCUUCGUGUUUCUGUUCUUGGGUACUUUGACUUCAUUGAUAGGCGGGGUGGUCACAAUUUAUAGAUUGUGGACUUCAAUACCAGCAUUGCAGAGUGAUGAAGAAUCUUGGAUUCAUCAUGUCGUUUUUCAACAUCCCGGUGCUACCGUCUUCCUUUUUUUCGACUUUUUUAUCUUGCUUGCUGCUGGAACUUUGUUCUUGAUACAAGCUUACCAGAUUAGUCGAAACAUAACAACAAACGAAUAUGUAAAUGCUACACGAUACGGGUAUCUUCAAGGAGCAAAUGGGGGGUUUCAUAACCCGUAUAACCACGGAUUAGUGAAGAAUUGUUCCGACUUUCUAAUUCGAGGCUAUACAGACGAUGAGGAAAUUACGUGGCCUCCUUUGCAACAAGUUGCCAGAUAGAUAGAUAGUAGUACCCCAUUGGGGGACCAAACUUUAAACUUAGGGAAAAACACAUUACAGAUUUACAUCUUUGUAUACUGUCUCUUGUGUUCUGACAUUGGUGGGUGGGGUUUCUGAUAAUUGUCACAAAUGAAAUGGGUGUUCAAAGAACCUUCAGAGAAUCCGACUAAUUACUGACGAAGAGUUCUUGUAUGCUUCUUAAGAACGCACACUUAUCUUCAUAAACGUAUAUUCAUCGUGGUCAACUUUAUUGUGUUCGUAACUUCAAGGGUGAGCUCCGUUUUUAUUUAUUUUUUUCAGAUUCUUCCUUGUGUUGGCCAGAUUACCAUAAUUGAGUUAUCUUAUACAAGACUUUUACAUUAUUAUUUA